UACAUUAACAAAACAUUUUUUUUUCCUAUUUGUUUUCCCGAAUCGCAGUUAUUCUACCUGUGAUUGUGAUUCCUUAAUUCGAUUAAUGAGACGGUGGAAGAAUUCAAUUCUGGGGUUUCUGAUACCACUGCAAAUUCCAUUCCUUUUUUGCUUCUGUGGUUCAGGAAUUCAAUUGGGGUUGAUUGGAUUGUAAUUGGAUGUUUAAUUUUGAUUUUUUUUUUACUUGUUUGGUUGGAACACCCAUUGUGUUGGUAUGGUAGGACUAGAAUAUUGGUUUUGGUAAUGUAAAAUGUUUCAUUUUUAGUUACCUUUUUCUGUGUUGGUCUUAGUCCCCCAAUAACUUUGAGGGCUCCAACGUUGAUGUUACUUUGUCUGCUGCUAUCUUUUCUGCCCUAUAACCUCUUUGGGGUUGGGAUUUACAGUUUGAACUUUCAAGUGUAGAAAUUAGGGUUCUUUACAGGUCUUUUUCAGAAAGGAAAAACAAAUACAUUUGAAUGAAGUUAAAAAUAAGGACUGGGUGACAAUUGUAAUAGUAAUCAGGAGGUGUAAGGUUUUGAUUAGUAUUUUUGAUUGAUGUUCAUAAGAGAUGGAAAAAUUAUUUAUCUUUGCUUUAUAGUUUCCCAUUCAUGUAUUAUUUCAAUUUUAGUUCUUAGACCUUGAUCCUGUUAGUUACUCUUUCUUUUAUGCCUUUAUUUUCAUUGAUGAGUAUUUGGGAACUUAACUAUGGGAGAAUCACCCUGAACCUGUUUCUUUGUUUUUGUUUACUUUAUUCAUUGAAUUUAUUCUCUUUUUUGGUUUGUCUUCUUUAGUUUGAUCAGUCGUUUAAAUGGAUCUGGAGACUGAAAACAGAAUAGCUGCUAUUCUUAUGAGGGAAGCAGCUGAACUGCAGCGAAAGUCUCAAAAGGAAGGCAUUCUUGCUUACCUUGGUCAGCCAAAUGUUCGGUAUCGGCCAAAUUCACGUUUUCUCACUGCUACUGUACUUGGGGUACAACAAGCCAAUAGAUCUGUGGAAGUAAAUGAGAUGUGGCGAGUGCGGCAGAAAGAACUUGAGCUGGAUAAACGGGUUAGACGCAUAUCUAGAGAUAAAAUCAGUGGUGACAGAAGCCAUGGGGAUGAUAACUCAUCAAGAAGUACAGGAAGACAUGCAAUAGUUGAUAACAGUUCUAGUACCUCUGCUUCAUGCUCAUAUAAAAGUGAAUAUGAGCAUUGUCCAGAAGGUUUAAAGGAUGAAGAGCUAGAGAAAUUUCUACACUCAAGGAUCAAACGAGGCAGAGGUGCUGUCGGUCCAAGAAUGGAUGAGACAGGUCCUUACCUUCCACAUUGCCCAGAGGAUGAGCCUAGUGCUAGUUCUCAUGUAAGGGAGCGUCCUGUUGUUUAUGGUCCAGAGAGACCUUCAUCACUGAAGUCAUACGAAUCUUCAGAAGAGGAGGAGCUUCAUAAAAAGAGGCGGAAGAAGUCUAAAAAGUCUCACACUGACAGCUUGGAUAAGGAACAUUCUAAGAAGAGUAGAAUAAAAGAGAACUCUAAGCAUGAGAAAAAGAAGAGGAAGGAGAAAAGAAGUAAACAUCAUCACUAAGGUCUAAUAGUUAAUAUGAUAUUCUCCAAGAAGAAGGUUAUAACUUGCAGUCAAUUUGGAUGAACUUAAUGCUUGUCUUUUGUACGGAUAUUCUGUAACAUCCAAUGCAUUAUCAGCUGCAGAUAUCAAUUAUGAUUCUUUUGGCUAAAGUAUGAAAGCAGCUAUUGUUGUUACUCAAAAUUUGGAGAACAUUAGUUUGGCAAUAAAAUUUGCAUCU